AUGGCUGAGGCAGGAAACGCUCUCGCGGAGCAAAACACCGAGCUCGUCACUUGCAUCGAGGACUUGAGGACGAAGCGCGAGGAAAUCCAGGAGCAGAUUUCCACCGAGGAGGAGGAGAAGGCGAAGGUCCAGAACGACUUGACCGUGCUCUCCAAGCGCCUCACGACGCUGAACGAUUCCAUCGCUCGCAAGGUUGCCGCGAGGACGGAUUACGAUAAGACGAUCCAGGAGACGGAGGCUGCGUACAACAAGAUUCUCGAAAGCUCGAUGACGCUGCUCACGGUGUUGAAGCGGGAGAGCGUGGGCUUGGAGAAGAAGGGCGGCGAGCCUGUUCCUCCGGCGGAGUAA